AUGUCGAGACAUUCAGUGCCAGCUUCAAUCGCAACGUACCAAAAAAGGUCUUCAGCUCGCAAGUCUGAGCCAGUACUUCCCCGAAGUUUCACACUUCAUCGCGACUACGAUUCUCCACUCGGCUGCGAAGAUGCAACCGAAGUCGAGAAACGCUAUAGACAAAAUAACGUUCACCCUUCUACCCUACAUGGGCAUCAAACUGAGCGUCAAAUUUCACCAAACGCCGUUGUCAAUCGUGACACCACCUCUAUUUCGUCUUCUCAGGAAUCGCUGAAAAAGGCGGAAGAAUGGCGCAGACCAGGCAAAACAUUUCGGAAUCGCAUCAUUGCCGAAGAUGAGAAAAAAGAAGGCGGACUAGCAAAUUUAAGUAUCUCUCGAGUCAAACCAGCAAGCAUCAUUCGUUACUACGAUGUGGCCAAUCAGGUUUUGGAUCAGUUUGUCAAUCAUCCGAUUGCAAACCGUGCAGAGUUGGAAAAAGCCUACCUUUUGGGUACCCGUCUGGUCAAAUUUUUGUCCACCGUCUUGCCUACCCACCCUGACUAUAUGCUGGGAGCGACAGCACUAGAGCGGGAUCAAUCUCAUGAGCAGCUCUUACAGUUGAUUCAGUUUUUGGACCAAAUGGCUCGUAUCAUUGAUGAACAAGAGCAUUCCGCGUACAUUUCGCGAGUCUUGGAGCAGCACCAACGGAAGACUCCCUUUCAGGAGUCCACCUGGUCGCAGGAAAAAGCCGGAAGCUACGGAACUGAUUUGACUCCCAAGCAUGCACCAAAAAAGGAUACAUCCGCGUGGAUGGCGCAUUCCUUUGGAGAGGAAGACCGUGGGCUUUCCCCUCCAGUACACAGAAAUCCGGCGAGCGUAAUGGAAUACACCGAGCGGAGCUCGAGGGAAUCGUUACCUUCUUAUACCGAGCAUCAAAUGCAACGUCCCUCGCACCGCAAAGAUAGCUCUUUUGGAACAACUGCGACCAUGUCUCUUUCCCGAAGCAGUGUUGACGCCAACUCGGCGAUAGAUCCUACCGAUUGGCCUGUACCCGAUUUCCGACAGCAUAGCCCACCGCCGCGAAAUCAGCCUAGGCAUGCGCUGGAACGGGCUACCGAUGGAAGUUGUCCAGCACAAGGGUAUUUAUGCAAGAGAAGGCCAGGAAUGCGGGCCUUGGUCGACGAAGGGGAUCCGAAACCUUCUCCUUCGCGAGGUCGUACAAGUGGCCGGCACAAGCAAGAAGUCGCGAAAGAUGGCUGGCCGGCUUGGGAUAUUCCCAAUGUGGAGCAGCGACCUAAGGGGAUCCUUCACAAGUCAAAUGAGAAAAGCUCUUACCGCAGCGCACAAAUGCUCCAUACGAGACAGCAUUGGAACGGGAGCUCGAUCGAGGCUCAGAAUGUGCCAACCUCUAUACACCUGGUAGAUUUUACGCACGUCCGCGACGAAACGAGAGGAACGACCAAGAACAUCCCUCAAAUGGGAAACAAAAAUGAGCAGGUCUCAACGGCACAACGAUUACAGCAGCAAGAACGAACGCUGAUGGCCAAACACCAUGAGCGUUUCUUCGAAUCUAUACCUCGAACGUCUCAGAUGGGAGAUUACGCCGACUUCGUAGACUGGAUGGAUUCGAAACAGCGACCAGGCAAGUCUCUCCAUUCUAAGAAAAGCGGAAAGCAAGAAGGCUCUCUAGCGAACGAGUCGCUGCAGUUCGCCUACAUGAAUGACAACAACAAAGGCGAAGCGACAAUGGGCUUGAGCAAACGAGAACGUGUUUUUCAGCCUUUCCGCAAUUGCGUGAAAUUUCUACUUGAACCGUAG